GUGGGGCUUCCCAAUUCCCUAGAGGCUGAGAAUGACAGGCUGUUCGGUUCACUGUGUCAGGCCAAACAAACAGGCCAACAAGCAACUUCCGAACCUCAAAUCCAAACCUCUGAAAGAAAAGGGAAGGGGGAAAAAAAAAACCAGACUCUCGAACGGCCAUCCCUCAUCCUGCCACCGUUCAUCUAACAUCUCUCAACUCCCGGUUUCUUUCAUUCCCUCGCUUCCUUACUUUCUUUUUCAUCUGCACCGCACUGGCUGCACCUAUACGAUUCAUCUAACCGUCGUGGUCAAUAGCGAGCAAUCACUAUGCAAAGUCCCAACCCGCCUCCCAUGGGCAUGCCCAUACCCAUGGCGCCCGGACAGAUGCCGUCGCCUGAGCAGAUUGCCUCCAUGCAGCAGCAGAUAGCUGCCGAGGCCCAGAAGCACGGCAUGACGGUUCCGCAAUUCAUCGAGCACGUCAAGGCGCAACGUCUGGCACAGAUACAACAUUUUCAGAGACAGCAGCAGCAACAUGGCCAAGGCCCCCAGGGAGGACCACAGGGACCGCGUCCCGGCCCCCAGCCAGGUGCUCAAGGACAACCCCAACCUAUCCGACCUGGUCCCCCCAAUCCCGUCGCGAUUGCUCUAGCCAAUUUCCUGCGAGGCCAGCAGCUGAAGCCGCGCACUUGUAUCCUCAAUGGAGAGCGCAAGGACAUGUUCAGAGUCAAGCGGGCACUGCGAGCGCUGGAGUCGCCCGCCUACGCUAAAGCCCGCUCGAAGAACCCUGCGCUUCCCGAGAUCCACGACCGCGCCUCGCUCGAGAACACCUUCAAGCUGUUGCCCAUGUCUAUGCUUGCCCUGCGAGUUAACAAGGUCGAUCCUCACCAAGGCCACGACCACGGCCCUAAGAAGGCGAAGCGGGUCAAGGGACUCUGGACCGUAAGGAUCGAGCAGCAACAGGAUGCUGCUGACGACAUGUACUAUGUCUGGCUGUACGAGGGCAGCCAGAUUAUGCGCAAGGUCUAUGCUGCUCUCGCAAUGGUGCUGAUCUUUACCGUCGUGCUCUACCCACUCUGGCCACUUGUUCUGCGACAGGGCGUCUACUACCUUAGUUGGGGCUUCCUGAUCCUUCUCGGCCUCUUCUUCCUCAUGGCACUAUUUCGCCUUUUCCUGUUCUGUGUCACGUACUUUGUCGUACCGCCGGGUCUGUGGCUCUACCCGAACCUAUGGGAGGACGUCUCCUUCCUGGACAGUUUCCGCCCACUUUGGGCGUGGCACGAGACGGGAAAGCCGAAGAAGAAGAAGGCUUCUAGGGCGGUCAACGCGGAGUCUGCUGCUCAGCUUGCUAGCCAUACAGGUCAUCCACCUCCUGCAACUGCCACGACGACUGCGACGACAACUCAGAUCCAAACUGCCCCACAGCAGAGAGCGUAUGUGGCUCCAAAGGUGGAGGAGCUCGCAGACGACGAGUAGAUAAAGUUAGUACCAGUACCAGUACCGCAUGUUGGCAGCAACGGGCG